CUCAUUUGCAAUCGUGACAUGGCACCAAAAGAGAAAAACAUCGGUCCUCAAGGUCAACUUCGAAUACAAGUUGCUAAAAGCACCUCGAAGCCCAAACGGUUUUUCGCAUUGUGGUCGAUGAUCCCUUUAUUUCAAACAGAAAGAGCAGGUCUUUUUCUCCCACACCACUUUCGUGCAAGAGGAAACCCAAAUUCAAAUUGCGCCCCCUUGAAACUAAAUUUGCUUCUUAUCUUGAUGUCGGCGUUCAAAUGAGAUGCUUCGCAUCCAUUUGCUUCGCCUUGACGUCGGUAAGGAAACGCGACGUGAAGAUGAUACAAGUACAAGUAGACUCUAGAUAGAUCCUGCUGCAAGCUGCAGUGAUUUUUUGUACCUUGUUUUUUCUUUUCGUAGUUGUUCUCGCCGAGCUCGCGGGUAAUUUAUUAGAGCAGGAUGUCGCGUCUCAGCCCGAUCAACAAAAUCGGGCUUACCGGGCGAUGGGAGCGCAUCCCGUAUACCAGCGUGCCGAACAAUGUCGAUUUGAAGAAGCACCAGAUGCACGGCGAGGGGACUGUUUGGCUUCCGAAGGAAGGCGUGUGGUACGACUUCAAGUCGCAGUUUUACUUCGACCCGAAGAGAGGCCUUUGGUACAACCCCCGGUCCGGUCUGUGGAACCAGCCGGGGGAGCCGGAUUGGUUCGAGCUGAAACGGGACGGGUCCGUGCCCGGUUUCGACGAGCGCGACCCUGUGGAAGAAACGGUGUACGUGGAUGAGGAGGGUAACUUUGAGAACGAGGAGGGAAGGCUGAUCUACGUCAACCCCUACGGCUUUUACCAGCAUUUCGAGGGCAACGCGCUGGAGAAGUACCGCUUCGAAUUUCGCCACCACGCGGUUUCCCCGACAAACGACAAGCAGGAGGAGCACGACGUGGAGUACAUCUACUGCUACAAGGAGGAGGGGACUGGCGAGGUCCAGUAUUUUACGGCAACGGGAUUGCUCGUCGAACCUUUGGGAAGUGGUAAGUACAAGUACGUUUUGCAGAACGAAGAGGUGCAGCGACCCGUGAUCAUCAGGAACGAAAUCCCGGACAUCAUUCUGAAUCCGCCCAAGGAAAAGGGCUUCUUCGACGUGACCGACGACGAGGCAGAGGGGUCCCAGGCGGACUCGCAGGCAGAGAGGAGGAAAGAGGAAGCGGCGGAGAAGAAAAAAGCCGAAGCUGAGGCAGCGGCUGCCGCAGCGUCUGCCGCAGCGCCGUCGUCGCCGGAGGGAGCGACUUGUAGUGAGUUUGUUUUAUUGAUUUUAGUACAUUUCUUGUCGAUUUUUUCACCGAGUUUUGAUGAAAUAAAAAGCAGAAAAAUGUUCUAUCUAGCGGCAGAAUGUAUGAAUCUUCCUUCGAUAUGAAACAAACAUUAAAACAGCUCCUGCGUCGUCCACCGCUAAACAGGAAUUGAAGGAAAAGAAAGCCGCGGAAAAAGCUAAAAAGGCUGCAGCGGACCGGCGGAAGGCGCCCGAUCGCUCGUACUCACCGGAGGCUUACGCGGAGCAGGCUGCGCACAAAGAGAAACUACGCAAACAGCACCUGGACACGCUGAAGACGCCGAAGUUUGGCGGGAGCCGUCCGGUCGGGCGGCAUUUGCCGGAUACGCUCGAGGACAUCAUUGAGCACAUGAAACGCGGCGAUUUGAUGAAGUUCGCAAACGACGACGAGGUGAGCGCGCUUCUGAGGAACGCAAACUUGCCCCCGACGCACUACCCGUUUAAGCGUCCUCCGGCACAGAAACCAAUUCUCGUCUACGACCACAACCGGCCGCAGCAGGGCGACCCGCGGCAAAGUCGUCCACCGUGCAUGAACUUCUACGCGGGGACCUGCAAGAGAGGCGAUUUUUGCUACUGGCGCCACGACGAGGAGCCGAAGCGGAAGGGCAAGCCGGCGGCGGAAAAUAAGGUGUUCUUCGACACCCUCGACUGUCCGAAAAGGCACGGGGUGACGCUGCUGAAGAUGUUUCCAAGAAAGGGGUACGUGUGUGACGUCUGCGAGAAGGAAAUCCCGAUGUACAGCAACGUGUACCAGUGUCGGAUGAAUCGAUGCAAGUUUGACUGCUGCCCGCGCUGCGCGAACGGUGCAAAGCAGAUCAACUGCAUCGCCGUAAGGGACAUGAGCGACGAGACCCCGGACAAUCCGACGCCGGCACCCUCGGAGGUAAUCUGCGAGGAGGUGUACGACGAGGACGAGUUUUCGUCUCGCCGGGGCCGCAGUCGCGGGAGCCAAUAGCAUCGGAUAGAUUUUUUUUGGAAGACUGACACUGUAGGAUUUUUGGAUCAGUUUCCACCGUGUUUCCGGGAGAAGUACGGAUGAAAAACUUGUACAAUUACCUUUGGGCAUUUUUUCGCUAUAGAUUGGGCGAUUUUUCAUCGAGCUUUGGCUUUGUUUUGUCACAGGCUUGAGCAGUCGUGGCGACUCGUGUUUGCAGAUUUUCGCUAUAUUACAGCUUUGCGUGUUCUUCAAAAGUACGAGUCUGUAGCACUUCGGCCAGUGUCGG